AUGUACUACACGUCGGGCACGAGCGGGCGGCCCAAGGGCGUCGUGCUGAGCCGGCGGAACGUGCUGCUGCACGCGCUCGGCUGCGCCGUCGAGCACCGCCUCCAGCGCGGCGACGUCUGGCUCCACGCGGCGCCCAUGUUCCACCUCGUCGACGCCUACGCCAUCUUCGCCGUGACCUGGGUCGGCGGCCGGCACGUCGCCAUCCCGGGCUUCUCCGGGAGCGGCGUCGGGGACGCCGUCGCGGAGCGCAAAGUGACCGCGUCGAACCUCGCCUCUACGAUGGUCACGCUGCUCCUCGCCGACGCGACCGUCAAAGCCGCGGACUGGUCGUCCCUCGAGCUCCUCUCCUGCGGCGGCGCGCCCCUGUCGCGGGCGACGGUCCUCGACGCGCUCAACACCUUCCGCUGCGAGUUCUUCCUGUCCUACGGCAUGACGGAGUGCUGCGGCAAGAUCUCGACGUCGCUCGUCGACGGGCCGACGCGCGACCGCGUCGGCCCGGCGGCGACGCUGGACCUCGUCUGCUCGAGCGGGCGGCCCUUCUCCCUCGUGGACGUCGAACUCGUCGACGAGAAGGGCGGCGUCGGCGAGGUCGCGAUCAAAGGGCCGACGGUCUUCGCGGGCUACGAGGGCCGGGAGAAGCUCGACGGCCGGUUCCGCACGGGCGACCUCGCGACGGUGGACGCCCACGGCUACCUGACGAUCACGGACCGCGCCAAGGACAUGAUCCUCGUGGGCUCGGAGAACGUCUACUGCGUCGAGGUCGAGCGCGUGCUCCACGACCACCCGGGCGUCGUCCUCGCGUCCGUCUUCGGCGUCCCCGACGGCGCCCUGGGCGAGCGCGUCUUCGCCGUCGUCGUCCGCGCCGACGACGCCGUCGCGGCCGCGGACCUCCGGCGCCACUGCGCGCGCAAGCUCGCGGACUUCAAGGUGCCCGCGGUCGUCGAAUUUAUGGCCCGGGCGGACCUGCCCAUGACGGGCUCGGGCAAGGUCGCCAAGGCCGAGCUGAAGAAGCGCGCGGCGCAG